AUGUGGUUAGCAGGGAUUGAAUGGGAUGAAGCGGUACCAAAAAGUAUACUGGAUGAGUGGCUUGCUUACCGAGAAGAGCUGAAACUGUUAGAGACGAUAAACAUACCAAGAUGGGUCCACACUAAUGUUGGCGAUUCAGUUGAAUUGCACGGCUUUUGCGAUGCCUCUAAUAGUGCAUACGCAGCGGUUAUUUACAUCCGUGUGAUCGACUCCAGUGGGGCGAUUAACGUAUCUCUGUUAACUGCAAAAACAAAGGUCGCACCGGUGAAACAAGUCUCUAUCCCUAGAUUAGAGCUUUGUGGAGCUGUAUUAUUAUCACGACUCAUAUUGGAAACAGCAAGAGUGCUAGGCAUUGAAAAACAUAACAUACGAGCAUGGACAGAUUCUACAGUGGUUCUCGCGUGGAUUAAUAACCAUCCAAGUAGAUGGAAAGUUUUUGUCGCAAAUCGUGUAUCAGAGAUUAAGUCUAAUUUGGAUUUUCAUAAUUGGUCGCAUAUUAGCUCUAAAGAAAAUGCUGCUGAUGCUGCAUCUAGAGGACUAUCUCCUCAAGAAUUGGUAAAAAAUAGCAUAUGGUUCAACGGUUCUGACUUUUUGAGAAACAGAACUAUCAAUUAUGAGAAGCCCAAAGAAGUAACUACAAAUUUGGAAAAGGUUAAAUCGCAUUGUGCUGUUGUAGAAGAUGGUAUAUGGGAGAGGUUUUCAUCUUUGACGAGGAUGAAAAGAGUAAUAGCCUACUGUAAACGUUUUAUAAAUAAUUUAAGUUCAGAACCUAACAAGAGAAAGAGAGGCUAUCUGACCACGCAAGAACUAACUGAAGCACAAAAUGUAUGCAUUAAGCAGUAUCAAGCAAUUCAUUUUAAAGAAGAGAUCUUGUUGGUAAAACAAAAGAGUAACUUACCUAAAGGUAGUAAACUCCGUUCGUUGAACCCAGUGAUGGAUGCUGAUGAAAUCCUAAGAGUAGGUGGGAGAUUGGAGCUUUCUGGCUUGAGUCGCAACCAGAAACAUCCUAUCCUAAUACCCAAGAAGUGCCAUUUAACCAACUUAAUUAUUGCGGAUGCCCACAAGAAUACACUUCAUGGAGGUCCCCAGUUGAUGAUCUGCUAUAUCCAGGUAAAAUACUGGAUCUUGGGAGCAAAACAGUCGGUCAGGUCUUAUUUCCGAAAAUGUUUGACAUGCGCCCAAAAUUCCCCCAAUACUCAGACGCAACUAAUGGGCCAGUUACCAGCAGCGAGAGUGACUCCAAUACGUCCCUUCAAAUGUAGUGGUGUGGAUUAUGCGGGUCCUAUCCAGAUACGGACAGCAAAAGGACGAGGACAUAAAUCUCACAAGGGGUAUAUAUGCCUCUUUGUUUGCAUGGCAACCAAGGCCAUACACCUUGAAAUAGUCACUGAUCUCAGUUCUCAAGGGUUCUUGCAGGCGUUUAAGAGAUUCGUCUCCAGACGUGGUCAUUGCUCUGAUUUAUGGAGUGACAACGCAACUAAUUUCACUGGAGCAGCCAACGAGCUAAAACGACUUUUCCUAACCGAAAACGGAUCGAUGCUACAGGAAGUAGCUGAAUCAGUGGCUAAUAACGACUGCAACUGGCAUUUCAUCCCUGCCCGGUCACCUAAUUUUGGUGGUUUAUGGGAGGCGGGGGUGAAAUCAGUCAAGUACCACUUAAAACGUGUAAUAGGACAAUCAACUUUGACAUUUGAGGAGAUGUCAACUGUUUUAGCACAAGUGGAGGCUUGUCUUAAUUCCAGACCGCUGUCAGUUAUCGGAGGUGACUCCGACGAUAUCAUGGUCUUAACUCCGGGUCAUUUCCUAGUGGGAGAGCCUAUUGUGACUCCGCCAGACCAAAAUUACGAAUCUCACACUGUUAAUUCCUUAAGAAGGUGGCAGUUCACCCAAAGAAUGUUGCAGGACUUUUGGAAAAAAUGGUCUCAGGAAUACCUUACCAAGUUUUUGCACCGUUAUAAGUGGUCAUCAGUGCAACCUCAGCCCAAGGUGGGCGACGUUGUUUUAGUAAAAGAGGACGGAUUACCACCCCGCCGAUGGCUAUAUGGCAGAGUGAUUGAAACUCAUCCUGGACAAGACAAUUUGGUCAGAGUAAUAACGUUAAAAACAAAAAAUGAAACAUUUAAACGUCCGAUUUCCAAAGUGUGUCUGCUUCCGAUUGCGACUGAAUAA